AGAAGAAUGACAUUUUCAUAAUUUUUUUAAUCAAACAUCAUCAAAAUUUUCAUAAAAAUUUAAAAAUAUAUUUAUUUCAUAAAAAUUGUAAAAAUAAUAAAAUUUAAUAGAAUAUUCAUCUAUAUCUGUGCCUUAUCUAUAUCUAGAUAAGUCUAAACUAUAUUUCUCGGUCUUGGUUAAAACUAAGACAUCAGGGAUUAUUUGCAAAAUGUCAGUUUUCCCUCGUGGUUAUGAAUGCCCGCGACCGAUGCCAAGAUACGGCUGCGUGAGAGGCGAAUAUAGCAUUUACUACAAAAGGCCCUGCUACGGUCAGCCGAGACCUCAGCCAUUUCAAAGAGAAGUCGCUCCAUAUUACGGCGGCCCCAGUAACGUGCCUUGCGAAAGGCCUUGCUGUUAUGACUUUCCCUGCAAAGCCCACUGUUUCAACCAUGGUGCAGUCACGAGACCCAGCGGCCGGUACGCGAGGACGGUUUGGUAUCCAGGUGAAUGCUGUCCAGUGGUGCCACCCUGCCAGGCCUUCACCUGCCCCAACCCUCCAUACCACCCCUGUUGUGUUGACACUGUUAAUAAGCUCGUUUAGUUCCGUGUACACCAUUCUCAUAUAUUUAAGUGUUAUUGUACUUCAUAGUCUAUCGCAAAUGUUUGUGAAACAGUACUUUAUAUAAAUAUUGAAAAUUAAAACGAGUUUAUUUAAAAAUAAUUUAGCUCUAGACCUCGCUCUCAAACAAUAGGCAUUUAAUUAUUGCUUUCAUGAUAUUUAAAGAUACUUAAAUGUUGGUACUUCACCUAUUUGUUUCAUUAUAACAAGGUCCUAUUCAUACAAAUCAUUAAGU